CAUUGGCUCGGCGGUUGCGAAUGAAAAAAAAAAUAAAUGAUGCAAUCCGGAGACGAGACCUGCCCCACGGAUGAAUGGCGCUCGGUGCAGUCCGUUCAGUUGCAUUUGAUCACGGUGACGGUGAGGUAACGCGAUCCGCAGUUCAAGUUCAAGGAGCAAGAACUCCCCCGGGGGCAGACCUGGGGAAAUAUGUGUGGAAUACUUUGUAUCUUCCGUGGGGAGUGCCAACAGCACAAUAACCACGAUGCCGUCAACGGUUGUGUGGAGAAGCGUUUGGACUCCAGGAGCCUGCGAGAGAUCGCCUUCCAGGCGUCCAGUAAACAGCGUCACCGUGGUCCCGAUCAUACCGGAGUGCUGGUCGACGAGAAGGAACAGUUCGCCCUGGUCCAGGAACGGCUCUCCGUGAUCGGUGUAAAGACGGGCAAUCAACCGUUUACGUCCACCGACGGUACGGUGCAUUUGGUGGCCAAUGGAGAGAUCUACAACUUUCGCCAGAUGGCAUCGGCGGUUAACGAGAACCGGAAGGUCGUGAGUUACGAGCCGCGUAGUGACUGUGACGUACUCGGCGCCUACUACGAACAAUACGGCCCAGAAGCGCUGCUCACGACGGUCCGAGGAAUGUUUGCCUUUGUGUUGUACGAUCGGAAAGAGAAGCGUUUACUAGUGGCCCGGGAUCCCGUUGGUAUUAUCCCGCUGUACGUCGGAUGGGACGCCGACGGUGCGCUAUGGUUCGCCAGUGAACUGAAGUGUCUUGUGGAACACUGUCCUGAGGUGCAAGUGUUUCCUCCAGGACAUUUCUUCUACGGACGACGCGAGGAGUACAAACCGAAGCGUUAUUUCAACCCUUCUUGGAACAAGGAGAUACCAAACAAUGCCGUUGACCUGCAGGAGUUGCGUCACCGUCUGGAGACGGCCGUCGAGUCCCACCUGCAGUGUGAGGUCCCAAUGGGUGCACUACUAAGUGGUGGUCUCGAUUCCAGUCUCAUAGCGGCGAUCACCGCACGGAAGCUACAGGAACGUUCCGGAAAGCGUCUAAAAACGUACAGCAUUGGAUUGCCCGGUGCUGGUCCAGAUCUGCAUUAUGCUCGGCUCGUUGCGAACCACAUCGGCAGCGAUCACACGGAGAUCCAUUUCAGUGUCGCCGAGGGAUUGGAUUACAUUCGCGAUGCAGUCUAUCAUGCGGAGAGCUACGAUGUAACGACGAUACGUUGCAUCGUACCGGUGAUGCUACUGGCACGUUACAUCCGCAGUGAAGGACUCAAGAUGGUGCUGUCAGGUGAAGGGGCCGAUGAGCUGUUCGGUGGCUAUCUGUACUUCCACCGGGCACCAACGGUCGGUGAGUUCCACCACGAAACCGUACGUCGUGUCCAGGGACUCCAUCUGUCGGAUUGCCUUCGAGCGAACAAAGGUUGUGCUGCGUGGGGUCUUGAGCUACGGGUACCAUUCUUGGAUACGGAUUUCAUCCAGUAUGUCAUGUCGAUCCGACCGGAAGAUCGUGCACCGGGAGGAGAGGGCAAGCUGGAGAAGUAUAUCCUCCGCCGAGCGUUCGCCGACGGUGACUACCUACCGGUCGAGGUGCUUUGGCGUCAGAAGGAACAGUUUUCGGAUGGCGUUGGAUACUCGUGGAUCGAUACGGUGUCACAGUGGGCGGCUGGACGGGUUAGUGAUGAGGAGUUCUCACAAGCGGCCACCCGUUUUCCGUUCGCGACACCCAACACCAAGGAAGCAUUCUACUAUCGGUUGCUGUUUGAGGAACGCUUUGGUGCCGGGAGCGCCACGCAGACGGUUCAACGAUGGGUUCCCCGUACGGAUUGGGGUUGUGCGGAGGAUCCGUCCGGUCGAAAGCAGGACGUACAUUGCGGUGUUAAGCAUCACGAUGAAGGUUCAAAGUAACAGUGGUGCUCUAUGUAAGGAUCAUUUCUGGGUAUUUGAAUGUCUUUUAAUCAAAUUUUGUUGCAGCAGGCAGAUCGUGCGCCAUCACUUUAUGGGAAUAAAAAGAUACAGCAAACAGCAAACCAGCGAUCAUGAUUGACCUAUGAUUCAAUUAACCGUUCAAAAUGUAAUUACAGGCUCACCAUACCAUUAACCACUUUAAACGCUGCAUCGCCUGAAGGGAUCCAGCGCAUACCCCUAAA